CCCGCUGGCGGGCGGCUCUCGCGAGAGCGCCGCGGUCUCAGUCCUACGUGCCGGGCCGUGCUGCUCAUGGCGGCGCUGGAGCGGGGGCGCUGAGCUGUUGGGUAUGAAGUGGAACAGAACAGAAUUUACCACCUGAAACUGCUGCUUCAAGUUCAGAUCAGGAAAAGAAUAAACCACAUCGUAACAACAACUCAAGACCAAAGAAGAGGCAACUUACACUGAAGAAGAUACAAGGCUUGAUCUGAAACAAGAAGUUUGUGCCUACUCAACAGCUUCAAAAGAGCACGUCCCGACGCUGCUAAUAGUCUUUGUUUUCUCCAGUGCUGUAGUGAAACUGCCCAGGGCAGCAGCACUUGUGUUCUCUAUAGCUUGAUAGAUCACCUUCUUUUGCUAUCUUUUUUUCUUUCUCUUUUUGUCUCUCCUCCUUUCGUUCCUUUUUUUAAAAUAAUAGCAGUCUUCAUCCUUAGAAACUUGUGCUGAAACAGAAGAAUCGGCAAAUACUACUGAAAGUGCAAUAUUUGAAUAUCACUGCGAGAUGAGCUUUGAUCCAAACCUGCUCCACAACAAUGGACACAACGGGUACCCCAACGGUACUUCGGCGGCGCUGCGCGAGACUGGGGUGAUCGAGAAGCUGCUGACCUCCUAUGGGUUCAUCCAGUGCUCGGAGCGGCAGGCCAGGCUCUUCUUCCACUGCUCACAGUACAACGGCAACCUGCAGGAGCUCAAAGUAGGAGAUGACGUUGAGUUUGAAGUGUCUUCUGAUCGCCGAACUGGAAAACCCAUUGCUAUUAAAUUGGUGAAGAUAAAACCAGAAAUAUUACCUGAAGAACGAAUAAAUGGACAAGUUGUGUGUGCUGUUCCUCACAAUUUAGAGAGUAAAUCUCCAGCUGCCCCGGGUCAAAGUCCAACAGGGAGUGUUUGCUACGAACGUAAUGGGGAAGUAUUUUACCUGACUUACACCCCAGAGGAUGUUGAAGGAAAUGUACAGCUGGAAACAGGAGAUAAAAUAAACUUUAUAAUUGAUACAAACAAACAUACUGGUGCUGUAAGUGCUCGUAACAUUAUGCUAUUAAAAAAGAAACAAGCCCGCUGUCAAGGAGUAGUCUGUGCCAUGAAAGAAGCCUUUGGAUUUAUUGAGAGAGGUGAUGUCGUGAAGGAGAUAUUCUUUCACUAUAGUGAAUUUAAAGGUGACCUAGAAACCUUACAGCCUGGUGAUGAUGUGGAGUUUACAAUCAAAGACAGAAAUGGUAAAGAAGUUGCAACAGAUGUUAGACUGCUGCCUCAAGGAACUGUCAUUUUUGAAGACAUCAGCAUUGAACAUUUUGAAGGAACUGUAACCAAAGUAAUUCCAAAAGUACCCAGCAAAAACCAGAGCGAUCCCUUACCCGGCCGCAUCAAAGUGGACUUUGUGAUUCCUAAAGAACUUCCCUUUGGAGACAAAGACACCAAAUCCAAGGUGACCUUACUGGAAAGCGACCACGUGCGGUUCAACAUUUCGACAGACAGACGUGACAAACUGGAACGUGCCACCAACAUUGAGGUUCUCCCCAACACUUUCCAGUUUACCAAUGAAACUAGAGAAAUGGGUGUGAUUGCAGCGAUGAGAGAUGGCUUUGGCUUCAUUAAGUGUGUGGACAGGGAUGCUCGGAUGUUCUUCCACUUCAGUGAAAUCAUGGAUGGGAAUCAGCUCCAUAUUUCUGAUGAAGUGGAGUUCACUGUCGUUCCUGAUAUGUUGUCUGCCCAAAGGAACCAUGCCAUAAGGAUUAAAAAGCUUCCCAAGGGCACAGUUUCUUUCCACACCCAAUCAGAACAUCGUUUUGUGGGCACUAUAGACAAAGAAGCCACUCCAGCCAAAGCCACUAGCCCAAAUAAAGGCAAAGAGAAGGAAGCUGAAGAUGGAAUAAUUGUGUAUGAUGACUGUGGAGUAAAACUGACCAUUCCUUACCAGGCCAAGGAUGUGGAAGGAUCUACUAAUCCCCAGAUAGGAGAUAAGGUCGAGUUCUGUGUGUGUGAAGUGAAGAGAACUGGUCUGCAAACAGCUGUUUCUGUCAGAAUGCUGGGACGCAAUUACAGCUCUAAGAGGCUUUUGGGAUAUGUGGCAGCCCUGAAAGAUAACUUUGGAUUUAUUGAAACAGCCAAUCAUGAUAAGGAGAUCUUCUUCCACUACAGUGAAUACUGUGGAGAUAUUGAUAGCCUGGAACUUGGAGACACUGUGGAAUACAGCUUGUCAAAAGGCAAAGGAAACAAAGUUAGUGCAGAGAAGGUGAACAAAACACAUGCAGUGAAUGGUAUCACUGAGGAAGCUGAUCCAACUGUUUACUCUGGUAAAGUAAUUCGUCCUUUGAGGAGUGUAGAUCCCACACAGACUGAGUACCAGGGCAUGAUUGAAGUCAUGGAAGAUGGUGAGAUGAAAGGAGAGGUCUAUCCCUUUGGAAUUGUUGGAAUGGCAAACAAAGGUGACUGUCUGCAGAAGGGGGAGACAGUGAAGUUCCAGCUCUGUGUCCUCGGGCAGAACGGGCAGACGAUGGCUGUGAACAUCACCCCGUUCCGCAGAGCCACCGUGGAGUGUGUCAAGGACCAGUUUGGUUUCAUUAACUACGAAGUUGGUGACAGCAAAAAGCUCUUCUUCCAUGUCAAAGAAGUGCAGGAUGGUGUGGAGCUCCAGGCUGGGGAUGAAGUGGAGUUCUCCGUAAUCCUGAACCAGCGCACAGGAAAAUGCAGUGCCUGUAACGUGUGGCGUGUCUGCGAAGGCGCCAAGGCUGUUGCUGCUCCGCGUCCCGAUAGACUCGUGAACCGUUUAAAGAGCAUCAACCUGGACGAUGCCAACGCCCCGCGUCUCACAGUGCUCCGCCAGCCCCGGGGGCCCGAUAACUCAAAGGGAUUUGGUGCAGAGAGAAAGAUCCGCCAGGCUGGUGUUAUAGACUGAUCCCAACCCCACGCCGACGUUGGGCCGCGCGGUGGGGCUGGCGAAGGGUACUGAAUAUCUCCCUGUUCAUCCCUUCCUCCAAAUUCUCAGAAGCUAUUCCACCGGUUUUAACACCUUCUCAUGUUAUGUUUAAAAUUAAAUUUACGAAACCAUUUUAAAUUUC